AGUUAAAAGAAAAGGUCCGUCUUUUUGAAGUUCUCGUAUCGAAAGUGACAAUGCGUUUUGCUAUUUUACUUGCUCUGAUAUCCUGCUUGGCUUUAAGCCUGGUUUUGGCUGAGGAGCCAAAAGACAAGGCCGAGAAGGAACCCAUUGGGACUACUGUGAAGCCUCAAGUUCGACCCAAACGUAGUGCUGAUAAUCCCUCUGCUGCAUCUCCUCCGUCUGGUCCUUAUGGUCCCUAUGGUCCCUAUGGUCCUUAUGGUCCCUACGGGUAUCCAUUCCCAUACCACCCACCUGGUUACUACAAGGUACCGUUCGCCCAAGUCCACGGCUACAAUCUUCCGUAUGCCGGCUACUUUUCAUUCUGAUCCUAAGGCUACAAUUUUGUUACCAAUAAACGAUCAAUGAACA